AGUAAAAUAUUUGAAUAUUAAUCGUGCUUGAACUGUCGAAGCAGAUAAAUGAUACGCUACCGUACAAUUCACUGCAGUCUUUUUAAUAUUUGAAACGCAAUAAGUAAACAUGACUUAACCUAACAUUGAAAUGACACCUUUACUUAUUUGGGUGUGUUAAUACAGUUUAAGCAUUGCAGUGUUUAACGUCUAUGAAAAAUAGUGUCGCCGGUAUUACCACAAACAGAGAGCAUAUAUUCGAAAAUGAAGUUACACGGGAUUUUGUGUAUUAUUGUGCUUUUAACAUUAUUCAGCUAUGCAGAAGCUGGAUUCUGUUCUGAAGCAUAUACAUGUAGCAGUCAGUGCUCAAGAAAGGAGAGAUACACAACGAGUUGUGGAUUCCUUUGGUGUUGUCGAUGUAGCAAAUACAGGACGAAAUAUGACACAUGUUAUAGCACGUGUUACCGCCAGGUUUGCUGCCCGGGAUAUACAGGAUCAGACUGUAACACGCCCUUGUGCUAUGGGUCCACGUCAUGUUUGAACAGCAACCCGUGUAGAGGGCCUGACAGAUGUAGCUGCAGAACUGGCUACAAACUUCCAAAGUGUGAAGAUAUAAAUGAGUGUUCCUCAAACAAUGGCGGCUGCCAGCACGUCUGUAGGAACAAUCUGGCGUCUUUUACAUGUUUAUGCAACAGUGGAUAUGUGUUAAAGACUGACCUCAAAACUUGCGAAGACAAGAACGAGUGCUCUUCCAACAAUGGAGGAUGUGCUCACACAUGUACAAACAAGCCAGGGGCACAUCAGUGCAACUGUAGAGAAGGCUACACACUUGCUUGGGACGGACGUCAAUGCAAUGAUGUCAACGAAUGUUCUGCGGGAACAUCUCAGUGCGGACAUGAUUGUACAAACACUUUUGGCUCAUAUACGUGUUCAUGUAGGGCCGGGUACCAGCUGGCUUCCAGUGGAAAAACAUGUGACGACGUAGACGAAUGCAGGCAAACUCCGUUCCCUUGUGACCACCAGUGCAACAACACUCCUGGAUCUUACACAUGUAGUUGUGAAAAAGGAUAUUUUCUUGACACUGGGCCACAAACGUGCAAAGACGUGAAUGAGUGUGACACACACAACAAUAAGUGUCAUCACAUUUGUACGAACAGCAAAGGGUCAUACCAAUGUACCUGCCGACCUGGAUAUUUAUUACACACUGAUGGAAAUACUUGUACAGAUGUGGACGAAUGUGCAGAAGGAACGUCUCAGUGUUCUCAGAAAUGUACCAACACACCCGGCAGUUGCACCUGCAGCUGUCAGAAAGGAUAUAUACUUGGGACAGAUACAUUCAGUUGUAUCAACAAAGACGACUGCCAAGGCAUCGCAUGUGACAACGGAGGAGUUUGUAUUGACAACAUUGGCGGGUAUUCCUGCUCUUGUGCUAAGGGCUACACAGGAAUGCAUUGCGAACUCGACUUUAAUGAAUGCUCUGGAUUCCUAAAUGGCGGCUGUGAGGACGAAUGUAUAAACACAGUGGGUUCAUUUGCUUGUAAAUGCAGCGACAACAGCACCUUGAACGAGGACGGCUUCACUUGUUCCGGCUUAACUGGACCAAGCGUAUUCUCCAAGUAUGGGUUAUUGCGACGGUUUCUACCACGAGGCUGCUCAACAAUUCUUUUAGCGAAAUGCGACGAGGGAACUGAUGUUAAAGUUCUUCUUUCCUCAACAUCAAAUUGGUACAGGUUGAAAACUAAUCCUGGAAGAAUAUUUACUUAUGGCAUUGUAUUUGUUGAGACAAACACAAUAGCCCUUCCAGUGUCUAUAUCAGGCUUGGAAGUCAUCGAAGGAAUCGACGAUUUUAAAUUAAUUACCGGAUCGGUAACACGUGAUGUCAACGAUGGCGUUCCAUUUGGAGAAGAAAGACCGCUGUCCUGCUGGACAUUUGCUACAACGCCACGAUAUGUUAGAGACUUCCUGGUUUCCAAUUCAUUUUUAUCAUCAUUUUUUAAUAAUAUUGAGAAAGCAUUGCCUGACUGGCUACAAUUUUCCCCAACUGACAACGAAAUACUUGGUGUAAAUGAUUUGAAGACAGAGCUCAGUAAAGGUAACGAUAUUCAAAAUACAGAAUGCAGAGGGGCACCUUUGUAUUCUGAUCGCCUUUACACUGUUUUGAAAUUUAGCAACAGUUUUGCUUUGUCUAUCUACGGUCAGGAAAUAACAUUACCAGCUGCAGUCAGUAACAAAAAGUUCUGCAUCAUUGUUGAUAUCUGCCAGGAUUAUGGUGGAUCUGUAUUCCUUAUUUUGCCCGAAGAAUCAAGGGACAUUCUGGACCGAUUUGACAUGUUCAGAAGGUUGAUCAACGAUUCUGGUGUUUAUAUCCGCCCGAUAGGAGUAGGGUUGUCUCUUCAAAAGCACAUAAACGUGCAUUCUAAGACAACACAUUUGCAACAAUGGAACGGGGAUGAAAUUAUUCAGUAUCCUGUGUUUCAAGAAGCAAAUAUAUGGCUUGGAGGCAAUUUCCGAAUGGACUCUGACAUAUUCCGCGUAUCAGGAAUGACAAAUGCGUUUCUUUCUAUCCCGUCGCCAGUGAAUAUAGUAUAUAGUUUGUUUCUAGAGGAAUGGGGUUUUGUGGUUAGACUUGAAGCAGUUGGUGUUUUAGAAUUUACAUUCAAAACUCCAUUUGGAAAGCAAACUAUUCGAGGUAGUGGUAUUGGUGAAGUUAACGCUCUUGCUUCGCUUGGAGGAUCUAAUCCGAGGAACUUUUGUGGUCUUAAUGCAAAUCCUGCAGGAGUCUUCAUGUCGCUACUUUUCAACGUUGAAGCAUUUCUCGAUGCACCACUUUUGCGUUUUAUUAAGCCCGGGGUCAGUGUUAAAGCCUAUGUUUUUCUUGCCAGCGAUUCAAAAACUCCUGCCCACAAUCAAACACUACUUGAUAUAGAGAAAGAAGUUCUUGAUUUAAAACGCAUAAGUAAACGGUUUAUUAAUCUCACAAGAGAUUAUUCAGCUAGGUAUCAAGUCCUAUUGUCAGACCAUUCAACCAUAUUACUUAAUACAGUAAUAACCACUGGUCAGAAGUUUUUAGCCAUUGUUGAAGACGUUAUUCAAGAUGAAGGUAACUUUGAUAAACCAAAUCUGCAACUUGUUCUUCAAAAAGUUACUGCUGUCUGGAGAGUGGGAUGGAAACAAUUGCAAAACGACACAGAUGAAUUUUUAGAGUCGAUAAGAGAAAACACACGAUUACUCAAGCACAACGUUACACAUCUUAUUAAGGAAGAAGCCAACACAAUACGGAACAGGGUAAAUAUGUUGCUCAGUAAUGUAACUGCACAAGCUUCCAUGGUGCUUAGGAAAAUCAACGGAGCUGGAUUUCGGUUUAAAGGCGACCUAGAUAUUUCAGGUUUGAAGAUAUUAGGACUAGAAAUUGAGCUUGUGUAUUCCAUAGAAACUCUGGGGUCAUGCGGACGGUUUGAACGCGCGUAUAGUGUUCUUAAGGGAGAAAACGCCGCCAGAGUUUUGGCUGUUAUCUCUUCUGAAGUAAUUCAGAUUAAGAUCGGGCGCUUCCUUCGUAUAGAAGGAGCAGGCAUUGGACUCGCUAUAAGUUUAGACUCAAAAGGUAAAUUUGCUGCUUUGUUACGUGUAGAAGCCGAUUUCCUUGGAAUUAAAGCUCAAGCAGACCUGUUUAUAACAAAUCAAGGUUUGUAUCUUUACCUUGAAGGAAAUGUAUGGAAUACAUUUAAAGCACAACUACAAAUAUCUGCAGAACUUGGAAACGAAUGGUACCAAUUGUCAUUUGGUGUGAAAGGAAGUUUUGUAGCCGAUGCCGAUGGAGAUGGUAGUUUUGAUGACGGUUAUUUAGCUGCACUGCGUAGAUUUACCAGUACAAUAGCUGAUGAUGCUAACAAAAGAAUAAGUAAGUUACAGGAUGGCUUGACAAAGGCUCAAAGAGGGUUAAUUUCUGCUCAGAACUGGCUUGAAGAUAAAAAGUCGAUUUUCCGUAAUGCAAAUUCAAAAUUCGAUGAUGCCGUACGUGCACUUGAAAGAGCAAAAGAUAAACUAGAAGAUGCGAAGAAACCAUUUCAAGAUGCACUAAGUAAACUAAAUGAAGCCCAAAGAAAUGUUGACAGAUUAUGUAGGAUUAAAGACUGCAAGAAAAUAUGUAUUCCAGGAAUUAAAUGUAAAAUUUGUCACAAACGGGUUUGGGGAGUUAAAAUACCAUACCCAUGUUGUAAAUUUACGAGCUGCAUGAUUUCUUUUCCUGAUCCAAUCUGCCUUACCCUUAACCUUCUAUGCAGAGCUGUUCGAGCUAUUGCCUAUUUAGCGCUAGAAGUAGCCAAAGUUUUUGUUCGUAUUCCAAUGCUAGCCUUAGAUGCCGCUAAAGUGGUCGUGUCGGCGGCACAAUUCAUUGUUGAUAAAUCAAGGGUUGUUUUGGACAUAGCUAUAGCGGCACUUGAUUUGGCUAAAUUAGGAUUAGAGGCAACUAAAGGGAUAUUGGAAGGAGCAAAGCUUGCUCUUGAGGCUGUAAAGCAGGUUGUGAAAUUAGGCGUUGCAGCUUUAAAUAUGAUCAUUAAAUAUGGAUUAGAGAGUAUCGUUGAUGUGCGAAAUUGCGGAUUUGAAGUUACGCUUUCAUCACGUAAUAUAGCUGUGUUUGAUGUCCACUGUGAUGUUAACGUUUUUAAAACAGGAUUUAGAACAAUUAAAAUACGCAUCAAUUUCAAUGACAUUUUCCAAAGUCUAUGGUAUGCUGCCAAAGCAACAAUAUCAGCUAUUUUAGAUUCCAUCGGAAAUAUCUUCGGACGCAGGCGAAGAGAGAUAGAAUUUGAUUCUCUUAAUGUAUUGUACAAGCAUUAUAGGAAAACAAGGGAUACUCAUGUCAAUGCUUCAGAAACACUUUACAAUGAGACCAUUGACAUAAUCGCGGAUACACUUGGCUUUACUACUAACGAAACGGACAGUGAAUAUGAUAUUAGGACAGAAAUAUUUCGGCAAAAUUGUAAAACAUUUAAAAACAUCCAUACUUUUCUGCUUGACACUAUCUUUGCCUUGCAUGACAUGGCAAACGAGACAGCUAGUACUUUGAUAAAUGCGUCAAUUGUACAGGAUGAUCUGGGCUUAAAAGAUAAGCAGGCCCUAGGAAAUGCAUCGUUAACUGAUUUAGGAAUUGAUCCGAACGUAGCUGAAGCUGAAUUCAACAUCAGCCUUACUGAAUUGACAGAAACCAUCGACAGCGCAAAAGCAAAUUUAACUUCUGAUACAUACUUAUCGGAUGUUGAAAGAUUUUCUGGAGAUGCAGCCGCAAUGCUUCAAAAUCAAACCGAUGAUGCCAAUUCCCUAGAAAUGGUCAAUUAUUGGGUCGUCGCCAUGGAAAACGUAACAAGCGCACAUUUCAGUGCAGAUACGUGUGUCUCUUUCCUGGAUUGUGCACAUUACGCUGUUGCAUCGCUUUAUGAAAUUGUUCUUCCAUCAACUGACAUACCUUACAAAAAUCAAAGCAUACAACGUAUCUCCGCCUUUGAGGAUAUCUUUUUGACAUUGACUAAUAACUAUUCCCUCAAAAUUCUCGAGGUAUACGAAAUGUCUCUUGGUCUUUUGGAUCACCUAGAUGCGAUUAAUAAGUCCAACGUCUUCUGCUCUACUUCACCUACCACUAUGUAUCCUCUUGAAAACCAAACAGUAGUGGCAGGACAAACAUGCCUGCUCAUUUGCAAUGCCACAGGAAGUCCUCCUCCGACUUUCAUUUGGUUUAAAGACUAUGAACAAAUCACCAACUCGUCGGCACACAUGAUAUUCACCAUCCGCAACGUGACUUAUUCAGACGAAGGUAGUUACCACUGUGUAGCAUCCAACUUGGUCGCCAGUCUUAUCAUGCCGGAGGCGUACGUCAGUGUGACAGAAAAAGAGGACAUAAUCGACAAAACGACUACUGAAGAUGAGUUUCCAUUAACACUGGUGGUGACACUAACGGUGAUACUUACGACAUGUGCCGUCAUUUUAGCUGUGAUUAUUGUUGCCUGUGGUGUAUGGUGCUACAAAAGGCUGGUGCCAAAUAAGGUUGAAGUGUUUGAAGCAGUUGGAACGAGACACUCAUAGAGUUUCUAAAUAUUGACACGUGUUUAAGUUAGAUGUCAUGUGGCUUUGUGGAGAAAUUGGGACGAUAAGCCAUGUUUGUUUGUGUUUUUUUGUUUUUCAAUGUAGGCAUGUGUCAAAGUAAACUUUUCAUUUGAUUUUGUGUGGCAGUUAGAACGAUUCAUUUUUGCCAAUCCGGUGUUAUUGCUAAGUUCCAGUUGUGGCGAAUAUAUCUGUACAGGCACUUUUGCAUCAUAAUGCGGACACUACAUAUAAUGUUCUUUAUAUGUUCAAGCAAAUUCAAAAGGAGAUUUGGGGAUACACAAAGUGUCAAAUCGAAGCAUGUUGUUGAUGAAUUUAUUUUUUGUUAAAAAAAAUUCUGACAUGAUAUUUGUUAUUAAAUAUAGUGUAUGCUUUUUCUCUAAAAAAUGUCAGAUCCAAUUAUACCACAUUUUACAAAAUUGGCUGUACAAUGCUAAUUUUAAUCUUUGUUAUAACUGUUAAUGAAUUAUUCUUGCGGGCAUUUAUGUUACCAUUUCAUGGAAACUUUAUUUCCAUCUGAUCAAAAGAACAAUAAAACAUUGGUACUUGUAUGUAACUGUAUUGUGACAUAUAUACUUACGAAGGUUCUUCAAAAAGUGUUGUUGCUGGAUGACAAACAUAUAAAAGAGUGUUUAACUUCAAUUUGGCUCAUAAUAUGUUGGUCGUAGCUGCCUUUCCCUAUGCCAUAAUCUCACAAAGGUGUAUUUUGUGUGAAGAUGACAUUUUAUAUAAAAUGUGUACGUACAUAAAUAUAAACUCUUUAACGCCAAUGGUUAGAAGGCAAACAGAGGAGUGCGUGAGUGUACAGGGUGGGGGGGGGGCAUAUAUUGUGGGCUUUCAACAAAGCGAAUUCGUUUUGUUUACGCAAUAAUAAUCAUAUUACAUUACUAUUUGAAGGAUCUUCGUAUAUUGCCGAAAUUGCAGUUGUCAUAUUUUUAAACAAACAUUAUCAACUAUCAUUAAGACACAUACUGUUUUACAAAUACGACUCCCCAUUAAAUGCAAUCUUCAUAAAUCAUAUAUUAUAAUUUGGAAACAUUUCACCAGUCCAGCUGUUGUUUUCUGUGCAUAAUACUUUCACUCUUAAUAUCGAAUUACUGACAAAGACCAUACGUUCCACAUUUUAAUAAUUCAGAAUUAAUGAAACUCAAAUUAAUGAAUGUAUAUAAGCUCUGCUUUCAUAUGUAAUACACAGUUGGAUUCAUAUUCACUUUUGACAUAUGUUUAUUGUAUUGACCUUGCAAAUUUAAAAGCUAUGUUUGACAAUCUGCUUUUAUAUUUGUUUUCAAUUGUUUAUUAAAAUUGUAAUUUGAACAUACCA